CUAACCUCACGCCUUGACAGUUGUUUAACCUAAAAAAUGUCGCUAACCCAGCGCCAAAUCGCCAAAAUCCUCAAACAGGCACAGUCGGGGGACCUCGCCCCCAUCUCGGCGUUGAAAACGCACUGGAGCGUGUUAAAAUACCAAGACACCGGUGACACAAUCCUGCAUUGCGCCACCCGUUUGGGGCACCUUGAAACCGUCCAAUACCUCCUGUCGUUCGAGCCCCCAGGCGUCGACUGUACCAACAACGACAACAAAACGGCCCUACACGAAGCCGCCCAGUUCUCACAACCCGAAAUCAUGAAACUGCUCCUCGACAAGGGGGCUCAAGUCAACGCCUUGAAACGCGCCGAUUGGACCCCUUUGAUGCUGGCUUGCACCAAAACGUGUCUCGAGACUGUGCGAGUUUUGGUGGAAAGUGGCGCUUUGAUUAAUUACAGAAACAAAGACGGGUGGACUUGUAUGCAUUUGGCGGCACGAGGGGGCUGUGGGGCCAUGUUUACGUUUCUGGUCACCAAAGGGGGCGAUUGUGCAUUGAGGACUAAAAACGGCAGGACAGUGCUACACAUCGCUGCGCUACAUGGCAGUUUUGAAAUUGUUAAAAUUUUGCUCAAGUUGGGGGUUUUACCCAUUGAUGUUAGGGACAAUUGUGGUAACACCGCAUUGCACGAAGCGGUGCUAGGGCGGCACAAAAAUAUUUGUAGUUUGUUGAUACAAAACGGCGCUGAUAUUAAAUGUACCAAUAAUGUUGAUUUCAAUUUACUGUUUUUGGCUAGUAGUGAGGGUUACGUUGAUUUAGCCGAGUAUAUUAUUCUUGAGUUAGGUUUUGACAUAAAUAUUACUAAUUCAAAUGGUUUUACUGCGUUACAUUGUGCGGCUAGAAAGCAGCAAAAGGAUAUGUGUCAAUAUUUAGUCAAAAUGGGGGCUAAUCGAGGGGCAAAGGAUCAUUUCAGAAGGGUUGCCUUUGACUAUCUUACUACCUGAGGCUGCUUUAUUUGGCGCCAUCUGGUAACGUCGCUGUUACCAUGGUAACUGAGGCGGAUUACAGGCUCCUGCAUUAUCAAAGAAGUAACUAAUAAUACGUAAUUUAUUUAACAUAGUUGAAAUAUUCGCAUGUCAAGCAUAGUUACACUAUGUACAUGAUAUUACAAUGUAAAUAAAUUAAUUGGAGAUGGUGCAAUACUGUAAAAAUUCAUUAUUGUCUAUUAAACUAUUUGUUCGUUUUCUUUUUAAAUAUAUGACUCUUAGAUC